AUGUCCGAAACUAUAUACGACCAGAUCGAGAUCGAAGACUUCACCUUCGACCCCGACACCCAGCUCUUCACCUACCCGUGUCCGUGUGGCGACCGGUUCCAGAUUUCCAUCUACGACAUGCAGGAGGAGGAGAAUAUUGCCGUGUGUCCGUCGUGCUCGCUAAUGGUCGAGAUCAUCUUUGAGCCAAGCGACCUGGAGGAGUACCUUGAUCAGAUCUAG